AUGCCUUCAAGUCGGUGUGUGGUACAAGCAUGCAGCAAUAAUUCGCCGCAAAACCAAGUCUUGUGCGCGAAAUGGAAAAAGUUCGUAAGAACACACAGGAAGAACUUCGAUCCCAGUGAUCGGUUUGUCAUUUGCUCUGAUCAUUUCGAAGAUUCGUGUUUUACACGAACGGUCCAUGUGGAAGGCUCUAUGCGAAAGCUUAUUCCAGGCUCAAUACCGACAAUAUGGAAACGUGGCGGAGAACGUGCGGAGCCAUCUACGCGUCCAAAUUCUAGGAGAGAUCAUAGGAUGGUUUUGAAAGACAUAUUAUCAGCAAGAUACGAGGCGAUCCCGCAGAAUGACGCGGCAAAUAUUCAGAUGUCAAGUAUUUCUGAAGAUCUACAGUCAGAGGAAGCUUCUUCAACUUCGAAACGUACCGACAGCCAAGAUGAAGUGGACGAAAUGGCGGGAAGUCAAGGUGACUKGGCUGAUAAAAGCUUAGACAAUAUAGACGACAGUUUGCAGCAACAAACUAAGCAGUCUGUUCCUGAAGUUGGUCUCUCUACUGCAAAUUUCCAGAUUGGAACACGAGUUACUCCAAGUUGCACUACCUGUACGAACUUAUCUGAAGAUAAUAGAAGUCUGAAGAAAAAGAUUAACACUCUUCAAACGAAAAUAAAAAGGCUACAAGAACGCGUGCAAUCAAAAGAAGUGCUAUUUCAAAAAAUUACUCCUAAACCGAUGACAUCGAAAGGUAUGCAAACAGRUUUUGAAGAGGAAUCCCAACCUGUGGAUUGUCCAAUGGAGGARAURGCAUCURAUUGUGAAGAAGAUGAUCCACUGUGGGASCCAGCUGAUGAAAGUGCCAGUCCCUCAAGGCCAUCAACAUCAUCAGGACCUAGCCAYGAUGAAAAUGAAGAGCAAUAUAGACAACAUCAAAAUGAUGAUGUAGCAGGAAAUCAUAACCCAAAGUUGGACUUUGACGAUAAAAACAUAAGAGAAGAACCAAAAGGCAUUGUUUUUUUAUCCAAACUUCUGCUGCUUUUCCAAUUUUGCACUAAGUGCUUUGCUCCUGAACCUAAAGUAGCAGUUUCACAAAUUGGAACAAUGUUAAGUAUUGAGAGCAGGUGCCAGAAAUGCCAACACAUCUUCAACUGGAAGAGCCAACCAACUCUUUUAAAAUUUCCAGCUGGAAAUAUCCUAUUAAGCUUUGCUAUGCUUUGUGCUGGGGCAUCAGUAAGAAAAGUUCUUUCAGUGUUUCGACACAUGAACUUACUGGUUUAUCAUGAAGCUACUUAUUAUUACCACCAACGACACAUGCUCAUCCYGUCCAUUGUAAAGUUYUGGCGUGGGUGGCAGACAAAAAUGCUUAGCUCUCUUGAAGGUAAAGAAGUGGUACUAGCAGGAGACGGCCGCCAUGACAGCAUGRGGCACUCAGCUAAAUUUGGUACAUAUACAAUUUACUGCUGCACUGUUGGAUACAUAAUACACCUAGUUUUAGUUCAGGCUAAUGAUGCAGGAAGUAGCACUGCUAUGGAGUUUCUGGGCCAUCAAAGGGCRUUUGAGUUUCUACUGACAACAGGAAUGAUCAUAACUACUUUUGUAUCUGACCGUCAUGCCUCAAUUGCAAAGUGGAUGAGAGAGGUUUUGCCAAAGAAAUGCAAGCAACUAGGAAAACCUGUUGUCAACCAUUUUUUUKAUCUCUGGCACCUUGGMAAAAAAAUCCAGAAAAUUCUWACUAAACUAGCAAAAGAGAAGGGCUGUGAAAUAAUUGGCCGAUGGAGAAAAGCAUGCGUCCGCCAUUUCUAUUGGUCUGUAAUGUCUACCCAGUCUAUUCUAGGUGAUGUUAAAGUGGCAAAGUUUCACUCUUAUCUGUCCCAUAUACUAAAUAUCCAUUYUAAACUUCCAAACAAACUAUUMAAUGCUUGCAAACAUGGAGCAAUCACCAAACCUAAGGUUUGGAUGACCAAAGGGUCCGAGGCAUAUGGCAAAAUGUAUGAUGCAUUGACAAAUACCAAGCUUACCAAUGCAAUCAAGAAAGCAUCUUCAGUGGGCCARACAAGUUGUCUGGAGGGSUAUCAUUCAGUAAUAAACCAGUUUGCACCUAAAAUGCUGUCUUACUCAUACAUUGGCAUGCUUGGACGGUACAUAUAA